AUGCAGCCAGCAUGGAGGGCUCUAGCGUUCACCGUAAGGGCCACCGUAAAGGCACCCCCCGUAAGGGCCCGUGGCGCCUUCGCUUGGCGGGGUUGUCUCACUACUCGGCUCCCUCUCCCCGCAAACCAUCAACGCCGUGCCUAUUCGUACGUGCUGUUCAUAAGCGAUGAUGAUUCUGAUGGUCCUGGCCCCUCCCCCCCGGCCGGCAUCGCCGAACUCUCCUCCCGCAAACUCAUAUCCGUCUCCGGCCCGGAUGCCGCCAAGUACCUCCAGGGCGUCAUCACCGCCAACCUCACUCCGGGCUAUGCCGGACCCAACCCCACCAGCGAGCACCUCCGCUCCGACGACGGCUUCUACGCCGCCUUCCUGACCGCCCAGGGCCGCAUCCUGCACGACGUCUUCAUCUACCGCGACCUGCGCGACACCUCCAACCCGGACGGCCACAGCUGGCUGGUCGAGGUCGACGCCGCCGAGGCCGAGCGCCUGCAGACGCACAUCAAGCGGUACAAGCUGCGCGCCAAGUUCGACGUGCGCGUACUCGAGCACGGCGAAGCGCGCGUCUGGCAGGCCUGGGACGACGCCAACCCCACCGAGCCCACCGCCAUCCCGUCCUUCUCCUCCUCCCCGGCCGACACCGCCUACCACAUCCGCCGCAUCCAGCACGGCGUGCCCGAGGGCCAGCGCGAGCUGCUGUACAACCAGGCGCUGCCGCACGAGAGCAACCUGGACGCGAUGGGGGCCAUCGACUUCCGCAAGGGCUGCUACGUGGGCCAGGAGCUGACGAUCCGCACGGAGCACCGCGGCGUGGUGCGCAAGCGGCUGCUGCCGUGCGUGCUGUACCCGGACCGGGACGACGCCGCGUGGGCGGUGCCGCGCGGGCUCGACGAGUACCAGCCGGUGGUGACGAGCGUCGACGAGGACGGGUGGCUGGUGGCGGUGAGCGCGGAGGCGGUGCCCGCCGGGGAGAGCAUCGGCCGCGUGGGCAAGACGGGCCGCAGCGCGGGCAAGUGGCUGGGCGGGGUGGGGAAUCUGGGGUUUGCGCUGUGCCGGCUGGAGAUCAUGACCGAUGUGGUGCUGCCGGGGGAGACGGGCGGGACCGGGUUUGUGGAGGGGGAUGAGUUUACGGUGUCGGUGGGGGAGAAGGACGGCAAGGAUAGGAAGGGGAGGAUUAAGGCGUUCGUGCCGGACUGGCUGAGGAGUGCGCUGGCGAAUCGCGAGGGGCAUUAG